AUGGAAGAUGCAACUCACACUUGCUACAGUACCAUUUCGAUUGUUGUUGAUUCAGACGUUAAACUAAGCUUUUCAAAGUUUUCAAUUCCAAUCACCUCGACCGAUUCAAAAACUUUAUCACCAAUAUCAAGCAUUCAAACGGUACUCUCAACUCAAUCUUUUUAUUUCAGUAUUCAAACGAUAUCAAACACACAAAAUCUUCCGAUCAAUAUUUCUCUUCAAUAUCAAGAUACACAGACAUUUGACUUUACCAAUAUAACAACUCUAGUAUGCAACAGAGUGAAAGCCGAAGAUUUUAAAAUAGUAAAAGUCUCAAAUCUAUCUUUAUACAAUGCUAUGACUAUAAACCUCUAUUGCACAACUCCGGUCUUCUUAUGUUCCGCAGUGCCCACAACAUCAAAAGCUAAUCAUUACGCCGUCUCUUUAUCUAUACCUCUAGGAUAUCAAUCAAUUCCUUCAACCACUGGUAGUAUAGAGUUUUCAUAUAUAGGACUAUCACUGACCAUACCCGCAAUGGAUACCAUUUUUCCAUGGAAUGUGUCAAGCGAAGUAAAUCUAAUCAGAAAUAUUAGAUAUUUCCCACCAAACAAUACCAAUUAUAUCGAAACUUUCUCUUUUCAAGCCAAAAAGAUAGAGCAAAUCCUGAUGUUCGACUCACCUCUUUUAAGAUCAAGUAUUAUAUUUUCCUAUAAUUAUAUGUCUAAACUGGGGAGUAAUUUUGCUUUUUUGUACCAAAAUAACCAGAAUGGUGCUUCAUAUCUUUCUGGAUUGGGUUCACCAGCUACAGAAACUCGUUAUUUUAUGUGUGGUGGCAAAACUGAACAAUUUUUUCAAUUAAGAAUGAAUUUUACAACUUUGGAUAUGAACACUCUUAUGUUGGGAAUAUUCAAUGAAACUAACCCCUCUGAUAUUUCAGUGGUUAGAACAGAAUUGUUGGUUGAUUAUAUUAGAGAUUACCAAAUUAGUACCGUAUCCGUUCCAACUACAAGUGUAACACCAAAAUAUCCUUCGGUGUAUGCAAACUCACAGUUUACAUAUUCCACUGAGGUUCCUUAUCCCAAUCAAUACAAUGCUUAUAUUAUAGCUCAAUUACCAGACUUCCAAAUCAGUGCUUCUAUAAAAGCUCAAUCUUUAUUUUCAGAUGCUUGGGUGUUUGAAAUUUUAGAUAUCCAAAUGACUAGAGUUAGCUCUUUUACAUUUAUAACCAGAAUCAGUAUUUUGACAAACUAUGAAAUCCUCCAAUUGACAAUUAAUUCAAACCCUCAGAAAUUGCAACUCUUGGAAGGAACUCCAUUCAAAGGAACAUAUGAACUUUCAAUCUACAACAACAAUAUUGGUACCUAUGUCUUUUCUUUUGUAAAUACCAGAGGAGAAACCUACUAUUUAUAUAGCAGUCAGUUUUAUAAUAAUAAUUUGAAAUCAACCGAUCCUUAUUUAUCAAUUAAUACCACAGAUAUUUUACGUGUUGAAGAUUUUAGUUAUAUUGGAUUCAGAAGAACAACAAUGGAUCUUUCAAAGAAUGAAUUUUCAAACACAUUGUUUUUCAAUCUCACAAGACCACUGUCAGGUAUUCUUGAUUAUGUAUUUAUAUUUAAUGACCCAAUAAAUCAAAGUCCUAGAUUCAAGACAAAGUUUGAUAUCAACAAAAAUCUAUAUUGUAUAGAUUUCAAUAUUUCAUCUAAUAUUGUUAAUGGACCUGUUCAAUUUAUAUUAUCAAACUAUCAAAACAUGAUCUAUAGUUUUGAUCUUUCAAAUUUUACAGUCAAUAUUAUUAACUCAAAUUUAUUCUCAAUAUUAAUCAAUUUUCUGUACAAUAUUAAAGGUAGUCAUUCCUACCAACCAGAAAUAACAUCUAUUAAAGCUUUCCCAUCAACAUCUAUCAACACUGACGGUCAAAAUCAAUUCCAACUUGGUUGGAAUGUCACGAUUUUGAAUGAACCAUUGGGAUUUACUUUUGGAACUUUCGAAAUCAUUUCAAAUUUAGACUCUCUUCCACGAAUUAUUAAAAUCAAUGAAUUCAACAGAAUCAAUGGAAAUGCUCAAAAUGGAACCUAUACAGUGUAUACAACGAUUGCAACCAAAUGUACUUCUCAAAACUUUACAAUCAGAUCAAUUUCAUUGACUGAUGGCGUUCUCCAAUAUAAUCCUCUUUCAACUAUUAUUGGAACUCCAGAUGAAUCUGAAUUAAUCAUAAGUUUAAUUUGUCCAAAUGUUCUUGAUACAACACCACCAGUUAUCACUGAUUUUUCAGUUACACCAUCUGUCAAAGUUUACUCAAUGGAAAGAAGAGUUGAAUUCAACUUGUCUAUCUCCGAUGGAACUGGAUCAGGAAUUUCAUUCAGACAUUUACCAUAUUUAUUGUUAGCAUCUGAAAACGGUGACACAAUGGAAUUACCAUCGUUAGGUUUUUCAUAUGUGAAUGAGAGUUUUGCAACUCUCAAUGGAUAUUCAGAUCUACCAUAUGGAUUUGGAUUCAAUAAUAUCACGAUUUCAAUUUAUGGAAUUGUUGAUAAUCGAUUGAAUUAUGCAUCAUAUUUGACUUCUCAUCUAAAGUCAAUUGGUAAAACAUAUCGAAUCUUCAGAGACUCCAGUGUUGUAUAUCCUUAUCUUGUUAGUUCCACUCCAAUUCUAUCAUUAGGUGGUCCAAUCGGUUUAUUUGGUGCUGGUUUUGGUUCUAACAGAUCAGAGAUCAUUAUUUGGAUCGACUUUAAAGAUGGAAAGAAUUUCCAACCGAUAAACAUCGACUUUUUAUCAAAUGUUUAUUUGAAUGUAACUCUCCCAAGGUUCUUCCAGUCAUCAAUUGAUUUUCAAAUUAUCAGAAAUGGAUUGAGUUCUAAUAUUCUUACUGUGAAUGUUUCAGACUACUCUACUCCACAACAACCAACUCCGACACCAAAUACUACAACAACACCGAAUACAAAGACAUGUCCAGGUAAUCCAAUUUGCAACAACAAAGGAAAAUGUAAUCUUCAAACGUUGGUUUGUGAAUGUAUUCCAAUGUGGUAUGGUCCAUCAUGUGCAUCUGAAAUCAUCAUCAUUCCAACACCAACACCACAACCACAACCAACAUCCGAAACAACUUAUGUUUAUGAUUCAAACAAUAUCACAUCGGUUGUUCAAGUGAUUGCUGUGAGAGAAUUGGAUGACAUUUACAAUGUUGUCAAUGAAUAUCAAAUCUCGAAUUGGACAUUAACAAUUGCAAAUCCAAAAUUAAUCACAAUUCCAACAUAUUAUUAUCAAACACAACUUGGAAACACUUCAACAACAUUGAAUGUCACAAUCGAAUUCUUUUCAAACCAAACCGAAAGACAAUUUGGUGGUCAAAACAUAACACUUUCACCAUCAUCAAUCAAAUUCUCAAUGUCAAUUGGAAGAUAUCAAUUCCAAUCAAAAACAAACUAUCUCCAAGUUGUAAUGGCAGCAACCAUUCAAGGUUCUGAUGGAUCAUGUUCAUCGAAAUCGAUUGGAUCUGGAAAUGAUAACAAUGUUCGAUGGAUCAAGAUGAAUAUUGACAAAACAAGUCUUUACGGAAGAUUCAUCACCUAUGGUAUCAUUGAUGGCAAUGUCGAAUUAAUUCAGAAUAUGCUAAUCGAAGAUAAUAAUGAAACAGAGACUUCACAAACCAGAACAACCAAAGUUGGUAUUACAAUUCCAAACUUUGAUGAUUCCGUUCUCUUGGAUCCUGACUUUUCGAAUCUCAUCGAUGUCAACAACGAUUCCAAUGAGAAUGAAAUCUGUCAAUCAAAGAAGAAACUCAGUAAUGGUGCAAUUGCUGGAAUCGUCGUUGGUUGUGUCGUUGCCGUUGCAAUUUUAGUUGGUGUUAUUCUCUACUUGAGAAAGAGAGCCAAAUAUAACAGAGAAAAAUUAAAAAUGUCUGAAAAACUAAAGAAAAUUAAUAAAAAUAAAGAAAACUAA